ACACGAAUGACGUUCCAAAUAUAUUCAGCAAUUGCCUUCAUUGUUCUCGUGUUGAAUAUUGGUUUCAACCGAUUAUUCAAGAGUGAUGGCGUUAAGUAUAGUCAAAACUUUGAGAAUGAGGAAGAUGACGAUAUUCCUGCAACACUGAUGUCCGCUCCACAAGGUAUUCCGAUGCAUCACGGCGAAGGCAAGCUGACGGAUGCGUUCAAUCAAACUGCUGUAUCGAAUGCAAAUUACGGUGCUAUUGAUACAGCCGAUCCAACUCAGGAGGCCUACGAUCGUUACGUCAAGGCCCCGUAUGACUGA